UGGUCAAACCAAAUCCAACGAAUCUUUACAACCUUAGUAACAACAAUAUCAACAACAAUGAAAUUCUUCGUUUUGGCUGUGUUUGCCAUUGCUGCCGUUUCGGCUGAUGUCUCGCAUCUAAAUCUGGGCGGAGGCAACGGUUACUCAUACGAUAAGCCAACGCCAUCGUUUGACAUUGACAUCCGUUCGGCAGCUGUCCCUGUUCAGAGCCAUUCCUACUCAGCACCAGCUCCAGGUCCAGUUUACUCUGCUCCUGCACCAGCUCCUAUUUACUCUGCCCCUGCUCCUGCUCCAGCACCUGAGUACCUACCUCCCGUGCAGGAUAUCCCCGCUCCAGCACCAGCUCCAGUCUAUUCUGCUCCCGCUCCAGCUCCAGUCUACUCGGCUCCAGCUCCAGCUCCAGUCUACUCGGCUCCAGCACCAGCUCCAGUCUACUCGGCGCCAGCUCCUGAAUACAGUGCACCUGCCCCAGCUCCAGAGUAUCUGCCGCCUGUUCAGGACAUUCCUGCUCCUGCCCCAGCUCCAGUGUACUCUGCCCCUGCUCCAGCUCCAGUCUACUCUGCCCCUGCUCCUGAGUACCACGCUCCCGCUCCUGAGUACCACGCUCCCGCUCCUGAGUACCACGCUCCCGAGUACAGCGCACCUGCUCCAGUUCAGCCAGCUCCUGAGUACCUUCCCCCUACACAAGAAAUUCCCGCUCCCGCCCCAGUUUACUCCGCUCCCGCUCCCGCCCCAGUCUACUCUGCUCCUGCCCCCGCACCAGUGUACUCUGCUCCUUCCCACCCCGCUCCAGAGUAUCUGCCACCUGUGCAGGACUUUCCCGCCCCAGCCCCUGCUCCCAUCUACUCAGCACCUGCUCCCGGUCCAGUCUACUCUGCCCCCGCUGUCGAGUCCAGUGGAUACGAAUACAAUGUGCCAGCCAGGCGUUUCCGUUUCUAAGUGGUCAUCUUCAUCCAUUCAUCAGGGCGAAGUCGUUUGUUAAAUUAAUAAACGGCCUUUGUCUCUUUGUUGUUGAUUAUUUGUUGUUAUUAUGCAAAGUUUCUGUUGAGAUUUUUAGCUAAUAAAUUUAUAUACAAAAUAAAAAAUUAAAUUAGUAAA